AUGUCUUCUACAAAUCAUUGGCACACGCUCGAUCACUGGCUGCAUCACCUUGCAACAACAGGCCUUCUGAAACCAAAGAAUAUACACUACGGCUGCGCGCUCUGUGGUCUCAUCUCCGGAGGACUUGUCUUUGCUGGCCUCAUUUCCAGUGGGUUCUUGCCGCCCAUACGCCCCUGGUGGCCGGCAGAACAAGUAUCGGAACACUAUGAAACGCAUCUCGUCGGCAUGCACGUAGGGAGCGCCCUGCUAAUGUUUUCUGGCGCCUUCUUCAUCCCUUUCUAUUGCGCCAUUGCCGACCAGAUGCAACGCAUUCCCAACAUUCCCUGGAUUCUUCCCCAAAUACAGCUGGCCUCCGGCACCGCCUCUGUCAUUGGAUUCUUACUUCCGGGCAUGCAGCUAGCAGUGGCUUCCUUCAGAAAAGAUAGGGACCCUAUGGUUCUCCAACUUGCCAACGACUCCUUCUGGAUCUUUGUUCUCAUGCCCUUUUCCACCUUCUUCCCGCUCUGCUGGAGCUGGGCAUACGCAAUUCUUUUAGACACUCGAAAGGAACCGCCGUAUCCCAAAGGCAUGGCGAUUGCCAACUUUAUCGUGCCUUGCAUGUUUCUCUGGGCCGCGGCGAUUCAUACGACGCAAUCGGGGCCUUUCGCUUGGAAUGGCGUUCUUGGAUUCUGGGUGCCGUUAGGCUUUUUCGGGUUUCAAUUGAUUGGAGACACUUAUUACUUGCUCAGGGCUAUUCGAGUUAAUUAUUCAGAGGAAGGCAAAUCGCAGAGCAGCCGAGCCCUAGCCGUGAGCAUUGCAAGUAAUGGUUCAAAGAUCGAGGUCUGA